GCCGCUUUUAAGCCUGAUUGUAAAGGUCGGCGGGUUGUAGGAGAACAUUAGUGUGACAGCCAAGGGUUGAGGCUAAAGACUGUCAUCAUACGUCUGUUCGUCUCUAUCCAUCACACAGCGAAGUUACUGUGCUUAUUUGAGGCUGUUUUAGGAACUGACUGACCUCGGAUCAAACAGAAAUUUUCACGAAAAGCAAUAAUACAGAGAGAACAGAAACUCGACUGCAUCAUCGGGAUUCACUGCGAAGGAAAGUCCAAAUAUAGGAGCGGGAAGAGGACACUUGUCUCAUAUACAGCCAUUCUGUAGUAGCCAAAACUUCAAUUCAACCCUGGAGUGGAAACCCAAGGCCUGAGCCAUGGAAGAUUAUUACCAGAUCCUGGGUGUGCCGAAAAAUGCAUCCCAUGACGAUAUAAAGAAAGCGUACAAAAAACAAGCAUUAAAGUGGCAUCCAGACAAAAACCCAGGAAACAAAGAAGAUGCAGAGAUAAAGUUCAAAGAGAUCUCAGAGGCAUAUGAAGUCCUGUCAGAUGAAGGGAAACGUAGACAGUAUGAUAGAUAUGGUACAGAAGGCUUGUCUAGGAGAGGAUGCCAUUAUGAUAAUCAUGAUUUCAUGGGUGGAUUCACAUUCCGUAAUCCAGAAGAUGUCUUCAGGGAAUUCUUUGGAGGCAGAGAUCCAUUUGCAGAUUUCUUUGCUGAUGAUCCCUUUGAAAAUUUCUUUGGUGGUGGACGACGUCAUAGGGAUGUGAGCAGGAGCAGGACGGCUGGUUCAUUCUUUUCCGGUUUCUCUCCAUUUGGUCCCGUCUUUCCUGGGUUUAACUCAGGUUUCACCUCAUUUGGCCCGAUGGGUGGGGGUGGUAUCGCCUCUUUCUCCUCCCCUUCAUUUGGAGGUGGAGGAGGAAUGGGAAACUUCCGCUCCGUUUCCACAUCCACCAAAUUUGUCAAUGGAAGAAGGAUUACAACGAAACGUAUUGUAGAGAAUGGUCAAGAGAGGGUGGAAGUAGAGGAAGACGGUCAGCUCCGAUCUCUCACAGUCAAUGGUAUUCCUGCUGACAAUGCAUUGGAGGAUUGCCACAGACAGAAUGCCCUCUCUGGCACGGCAUCACACAACCGUUACCUUAGAAAUGUGCCCCAAAACCCUGUGGAGGAGGAAGAAGAGAGAAGCCUACAGAAUCUGGGACUUGCCAAAGGUUUUUUUGACAGCAGGAGAAAGAAACUAAAGGAGGCAGACACCAAAAAGAAACGCGUGGCAAGAGUGGCUCCUCGGAUUGGGGUGUGAUUCUAAGAGUUUUGACGACAUGUGUCUUGUGAUAUCCUCACUGUUCACUUUCAAAACACUGAGGGGAUAUGAAGACUUGCCUGUUAAAUAACAAAGGCUACAAUUAAUUCUCUCUUGAAAUUGCACACAUACAAAGUUUGUUUCUCAACGUUAUGCUUUAACUUAUGUACAUUAUUUGAAUAUUGAGUUCUGUUAUUGACCUCUACAUUUGUUUUGGAAAAAGUGCCACAGGAAUGCAAUAGUAUGUCUUGACUAUACAACUCACAACUAGCAAUAUUGGAGUAACAUAUGAAUGCAGCAUAAUGCAGUCCAGCUACAUUUCACCAAAUCUUUAUUUGAGCAUCUAUUUACAUGGGUCUUUAUUACCCAAUAAUAUAUCAAAGUUGGUUACUUUUUGAACCUAUCAUCUUGCAUAUCAAAUUAUAUUUCACUACCUAGAUGAAUAAAAAAAAUGCAAUCACACUUCCUUUGUUUAUUUUAUAAUUAAGCAUUGUUGUAGGGCAUUCCCCUUCAUUGUUGUGGUAUUGGAAAAUAGGCCAUUCUAAACAAGGCAAAACCCCCAUGCCCAACAACACUUUAUAUAAUUAUAGAUAAUUAAGCCCAACUGAAAUAUAUUUAUGUUUUAAACAAACAUCUGUUUGUAUAUAUAGGGUUGGAGAGUAACAGAAUACAUGUAACGGGAUUAUGUAUUUAAAAUUCAAAAUAUAAGUAACUGUAUUCCACUAGUUACAAUUUAAAUAAUUGGUAUUUAGAAUACAGUUACAUUCAAAAAGUAUUUUGAUUACUAGAGAGAUUACUUUGUAUUUUAUUGUCAUUUGUUUCAUUUAAUAUUUAGUCCUUUCAGAUGGAAAACGUUUACACAUAUAAAAGAUGCGAUCUAAAGUGCUUCUGAACAGCAGUGAAACACUUUCUUAUGAUGUGUUACAUUCAUACGAGCAGACAGAGAGUAAGUUUGAAGUAAGUUUGGAGCAGAAGAAAUAGAAAUAAACAUUGUGUAAAUUGUAAGCUUUACGCUAAGCUGUUGAAAUGUAAAAAUUUUACCAGACAUGAUCAUAUUUUUUUAUCAAGAAAAUUCAUGCUGGAUCAUAAUUUCCUUUGAUAUACAUAAAGACCUUUGAUAUUAGGGAAAAAAAUCAUAUUCUUGAUAAUAUUUUUUUUUUUUCUUGUAAAAAUAUUUUUAAAAAAUCCUUAAAACAAGAUCAAUUUGGUUUAUCUUUUUUUAGAAGCAACACUGCACAAGAUAUUUAGGUUUUUCAGAUAAUGUAUUUUUAACAUGUAUUUUUUUGUCAGUUUUCAUAUUCAAAACAUCUACCAGUGCUGAAGAAUGAAUCCAAAGUAUUUAGAUUACGUUACUGAUCUUGAGUAAUCUAACGCAAUAUGUUAUAAAUUACAUUUUACAGCAUGUAUUCUGUAAUCUGUUGUGGAAUACAUUUAAAAAAUAACCCUCCCAACCCUGUUUAUCACCAGUGAUGUUUUGAAUUGUGCUGAGGAUAUGGUUUGUAAAACCAAUAAAAA